CACAUUUUGCUAUCCACAAAUGUGUUUUUUGGUGAGCAUUAAUAAAAAAUAUUCACAUUUCUGAGUUUUAACAGUCAAGCAAGAGUAAAAGUAAAAGAGUAAAGUAAUGCCUGAUGCAUUUACAGUGCAGCAAAAAUAUACUAUAACAGUACUCAGUCAUAUAAUCCUUAUCCACUGCGAAGAACAUCUAAUAUUAGUGCCGUACUGGUGAGCUUAGAGGAGUUGAAACAAAUAAAAAGGAGAGUAUAUCUGCGUGCCUGUCUUAUACUGCCCUCAGGUGGCCUAUGGGGGCACACUGGAAAGACAGGCGUAACGCAAAUUGUUCAAUCUUUUACAGAGUACAGCAUUAUUGAGUGUUAUUUUGUCCUCAUUAAAUAUAAAAUCCAAUUUGUUUUGCUGUUUAAAGGGGGGAAGAUGAAACUGAAUAAUGACAUUUCCCACUCAUUUUACUAAAAAAAAGAUUAUUUGAGGUACAAUUGGCUUAAGUUACGAAAUUUCUUAAGUCAAGGAACAACUAUAUAUACACAAGAAUUUAUUGUGAUUUUUUUUAGUUUGGAGGUAUACACAUUAAAUGAGCAAUCUCCAUAUGAAUAUUUUAAAGGUUAGUAACAUUUUAACUAUUAAUUGUGUGUAUAUGAGACAUACAAAUGCCUCCCUCUGUAUGAGUAUUGCAUUUAUGUGCUGCUUGUGUAUUUCUUACGACUACUUGUGCCGUGGAGUGGCAAUGCAGCAGAUGAGGACGCCGCAGGCCACUGGUGGGACGCUAUUCACUUGAGGAUGUGGGCUGUGUUAUGUACUUCGACUAUCCUAUUGGUCACCAGUCCUGCUGAGAGCAUGUGUGUGGGUGGAGAAGGGAGAUGGGGGUCACUCCAGAUGUCCUUGCCCUGAGCUGUCUCAACAUGAAAAUCUACACUGCAUUUACAGUGUUCACAUUAUAAAGAUGGAAUAAUUUCUUGAAUUAUUUUAAGUAAUCCAAAAGCAACUGCCCGCCCCCCCUUGAUAUUUAUGCGAUUCUUUUUUUUCCAAUAUUCUUUUUUCAUGUAUAAAUACAUAGCAAUUAGCAACGUUUUGAUUCCUAUGGCAUUUGGGGCUAAUCAUUUUUAAUCAGGCUUGAGAUUGUGAGGGAAAUUAUUUCAUUCAAUUGAAUUUGGUUAAAUUCUUAAUUUGAUUUGUUCUUAUUUUUGAACAGAUCAUGAAUAUUUAAAAAAUAUAUAUCUUUUGAAAACGUUCUCCUCUGUUGCGAUUCCCAACUGAAUUGAAUCUGGUCUCUAAGCAAUGUAAUGUUAGGCCAGGUAUACAAACUGAAAACAAAAACGUGUAAAGUUAGCAGAAAUGAGUGUGAGCAGAGAAAACGUUUAGCAGGGGGAAACAUAGUAAGACUGCCAGGAGUCUGCUUCUCUCUAGUGGCAAUUUGUAGAAUUGAAGCAACAAUGAAUCAUUCAAGAAGUUUGACAUAUACACAGCUACACAAUUUAGUGGACAAGUGAUUUUAAAAACCAGACAGAUGGACCAGAUCAUGACACAAAAAAAGUUGUUGUACGCAAACUAAAACUUGUGUUUCAAUUAAUAAAAAAUAUUUUAAAUAUAUUUAUACUCAAGAAUAUUUAAAAGCAUGUUUUUUGGUAAGGCACUUUCAUAUGGUUGUUUAAAAGACAUAAGUCAAAGUCAAAGUCUGCUUUAUUGUCAAUUUCUUCACAUGCCAAGACACAAAGAAAUCGAAAUUAAAAUGAAACAAAUUUCUUUUAUGUUUAGUUGGCCACCAUCUUGUGUUCAGAUCUCGGAAUUUCGAUUGUCAAAGCAAAUUGAAUGUAAAAAAAAAAAUCUCUCCUCUCUCUCUCGCUCUCUUUCGUUCUCUCUCUCAGCACAAGCAGUUCAGGUUUAAUAUUUAAGCUUCACCUCCCACCUACUCGCCCUCCGUGUGUGCACGUGCGUGUGUUUGAGCGGAUAUCAAAAGCCCACAGUGAGUCACUUGAGAGAGAUUGAGAACGGCCGGGCCUAGUGGGCCUGGCAGACCGAGAAGCCCUUUUGCUGCCCGUAUCAGUUCCAGGGCGGAAACUAAAUACCUCCACGAGUGGAGCAAUAAGACAUGGAGAAGGUCUGAAGUGAAUACCGAAAUCAGCCUACACAAUGCAGAAACCAACUGGAGUGCCCGUGUGGGUGAGUCACACACCCAUACCAGAAAGCAUCUCACGUGAUGAUGACUCUACAAGCAGCACAUCACGUACACCCCCUUCUGUACAGAAGGACAAUAAUGAUACAAAAGGGAGUUUGACUAAGCUGAAAUCCUUCAUCCCCACUUCAUGGGGCAGCAUGAAAUGGAAGUGGGGAAAAGACAGCCUGGACGACUCUGAAGCCAGCAGUGGUCAGAUCAAGAUUGUCCCUGACGGAACCAGGGUGAGCCCUCCUGUAAGUCCCUUUCUGGGACGCACGAAAUGGGACGAAAGUCCGGAAAGGGCUUUUUUAAAAGAAGUUAGUCAAAGCCCAAAUGACGAUUCUCUACUCACGAGCAUCCAUCCAGCCGAGUACUAUGCUGAGAAGUUGGAGGUUUACAACCAGAAGUACUCUUACUUGAAGUCAUGGCCAGGCCUGCUCCGACUUUUGGCUGGCAUUGAGCUUCUAUUCGGGGCUAUGGUCGUCGCUUGCAUCAUCGGCUACAUCCAUAAAGACAGCGAAUGGUCCAACACAUACGGGCUGUAUAAUGGCGUCUACAACAACGGACUGGGCCUGUCGGGAUACAGCUACAGUGGACCGAUGACUCCCUUUGUCGUGUCGGUGGCUGGAGUGUGUUGGGUCUUGACGAUUAUCCUUCUGGUGUUGGGAAUGACUAUGUAUUAUCGCACCAUCCUCCUCGAUGCACCCUGGUGGCCUCUGACCGAGGCCUUCAUCAACAUCACACUGUUUCUACUGUACAUGGCGGCGGCCAUAGUAUACGUGAACGACUUGAACCGCGGGGGGCUGUGCUACAUGACCAUCGGUAUCAACCCCAUCUUGGCCGGUCUGUGCCGAGUCGAGGGCGGCCAGAUGGCGGGAACCACUUUCAUCUUUAUCAACAUGACCAUGUAUCUGGGAAGUUUUGUGGUCUCGCUAAAAAUGUGGCGGCACGAGGCCAGACGGAGGGAGAGGAUGGAGUUUGAGGACAAGGUGAUGAAGCCGGGGGAGAGCGCUCGCUCCAACCUCCUGGCCCCACCAAAGGCAAAACACAUAUCUUUCAAGCCCGAAGCAGACGCGAGAGGAAGCAAAGGUCAAAAAAGGCCGCAUGUGCUCACCUCUGUCAUCCAGAAGAGCCCCGCGUGCAUCCCGAAAGUGCACAUCAUUGCAGAUUAUGUCAUGAAGUACCCGGAGAUCAGCUGCGUGGAAGAAAGGGAGAAAUACAAAGCUGUGUUCAAUGACCAGUAUCAAGAGUACAAAGAGCUUUACAACGACAUCAGUGCCACCCUGAGUAAGUUCAGUGAGCUGGAUGCUGUCAUGGCACGACUCAUCACGGAUGGAAAAAGUAGAGAGGAUCGAGACAAGAUUCAAAAUAUCAUAAAGCAGUAUGAGCUGAAAAAGAGUGAUCCUGCUUUUUUGGAGAAAAAGCAACGUUGUGACUACUUGAAAGCCAAAUUGACGCACAUAAAAAACAGAAUCCGUGCUUUUGAUCAAGAUACGACUUGUUUUGAAGAAACCAUGUACGAACCUCGGCGCUAUGACAGCCCGGCUCCGCACAGCCCGCCCUACAGCACCACCUCCCUCAGUUUCCAUCCCACAAGAAGCGUGAUCUCCCCUCAGAGUCAAUAUGUCGGCUACGCCUUCAAAUCCCCUGCGGACGAGCCCUACAUGGAGGAGACCCCUCAAGACUUCCACCGAUGGUUUUCACCUCCUGGUUUCGUCAAAACUUUCCACGGAGCCACAGUGCUCAUGUCUUUCCUCAUCUUCGCCUGCGUGGCGUCAACGUUGGUGUGGGACAUGAAUGGGUUUGGGUACCCUCUUGGUGGUGCUGGGAGUGUUCCAGGGGCGGGGCAGGGGUACUACGGCGGUAGCUAUGGUUACAGUAGCUCCUACAUGACCCCGCAGUCUGCAAAAGCCGCAAUGAUCUCCAUGGCUGCAAUCGACUUCCUGGUUUCACUGGGGUUUCUGGUGGGGGGUUUCUCCCGUUCCAGGGUCAUGAGAGGCUCCAGCUUCUAUCUCACUGUGUUCAUUUGCGACAUCAUCUUAGCUGUUCUUCAGGGCAUCAUUGAUAUCAUUUUUGUGAUUGGGGUCAACCCAAUGUCUCAGAGCUCACAGAGCAUGCUGUACAAUCCAAUCCUGAUGAUGUGCCAGAACAUUCCAGACAGGCCCAGCAUUAGUGGAAGUAUAGGAGCUGGCUUUCCUGGCGGCUUUCCCAUGUACAAUCAGUACCUGUACCACUACUGCUUCAUGGACCCGGAGGAGGCGGUAGCAUUAGCAUUGGGUCUGAUGGUGGUGUUGGGCCUGUCACUAGCUGCUUUCUACUCCUGGAAGACCCGCAGUAAAAUUUGGCGCCAUGGCAAAGCUAACAUCUACUGGGACAAGCCACUGGUCAGGCAGACAGAGGGGCAGAAUGUACAAGAUUGGGUAAACCGUGUUGGAGAAGGAAGGAGCACCCAGCAGGCACCAACAAUUGUUAUGUCAGAGAAAGCAGCUUCUGACUUUUGUGGGGGAAACAGCGCAACGUCGCACCGCCACGAUACAGGGCUCAUUUACGGUGAUGGAAAUUUGAACGGCAACAGUUUCUGUGAGGAUAGCAACAAACAUCAAGAGGCCGAGCAUCCAUACCAGAACAGCAGGUUCGUAGUGUGCAACAGCUCCUCUGGUAAUGGCGGCAGGAAACUCGCCUCAAGGAACCAGAGGAACCACGAGGAUCAUGCUGCAAGUGAGAUGGCUGACUUCCAAAAUGAAACAGUUUACAACACUGGAGGAGACACUGCUAAUGAGCUGGAACAAGACCAAGAACAAUACCUCUUCAGACUGUACCCCGAAAUCCUCUCUGACCAGCAGCGCCAACAAUACAGGCGAGAUUUUGACUCGUCGCUGGGUCGUUAUAAGAGCCUGUGUAAAGAAAUGGACCACAUCUGUGACCAGAUUCACGAGCUCAGUCGAGAACUGGACUCUCUGGAUAAGGACUCCAUCAAGUAUCAGGGCGUGCUUGAUGAAUAUAACAGACUAAAAGAUUUAAAAAGGGCACCAGAUUAUCAAGCAAAGAAAAAGGAGAGCAAGGAACUUCGACAAAAACUGGUCCACAUCAAACUCCUGGUAAAAAACUUUGACCAAGGCCUUUGCUAGUGCAUGUCUAUCAGUUUAAGGUUGAAGAAGGACACAAUCAGCUUUUGACUGCGCAUGUUUAUAUUGACAAAAUGCAUAAAAAACGUUGGUCACUUUGUUUACAACCAUGUUGCACUAAUGUUACCGGCACAGCUAGUGAACUUUGCUCUGAAAAUCUCAAAUAAAACAUAGUCCUUUGUGAAAGACAAUCACUUACGGUGAAUAUAAAAAGUCUACACCACACCCCUGGGCAAAUUCCAGGAUUUUGUGAGCUACAAAGGUGAGAGCUCGAUAAAUAAUUUCCUUUUCUCCACUGUUAUGACCUUAUACUUUUCAAAAGGGCAAGUAUAAAUAAGCAACUGGAACAAUGUGGUUGCAUAAGUGUGCACACCCUCCCAUAAUUGGGAUGUGGCUUUAGUAAUGGGGCUUUAGUCAAGGCAAUUAGAAAUAGUUCAGAAUAGCAAGCAAUGUUUGGGCAAAAUGUUCAGACUUUUGCUGCAAAGUGUAAAAAGAAAUGUCAGGAAAAGCCUACUUGAACAGCUAAACUUGAUUUGGGCUUAUCAAAUGCACUUGUUGGUAUGAAUGUACUGGCUCACAUUCGAAUGUUUAAUUCUGAACACCCACAUCCUUGGUGAUAAGAGGGUGUGCACACUUUUGCAACCAAUUUUAAAAUAUUUCAUUUUGCAAGUGUUGAAAAGAUUUUUUUCAUUCUCUCCAUUAACAAAUUUAAUUUUCACACCAAAAAGCUGGCAGUUGAACAGAAAUGUGUAGACUUUAUAUCCAAUGUAUGAUACAUAUAAUGAAAUAAAACAUUCCAUAUAUUUAUUUUGAAUAUUUAAUACAAAUAAAUGAAGGACCUCUUUUGCA